UUCUGAUAGCGAAUGGAAUUUCCCCCUAUACGUUUAUCUUCACUUCCAUUUUCUUGUGGUGGGAACAAAAAUGGCGGAAUCUCCGGUGAAAGUGAAUCUGAUCCCGAUCGAAGCUACAAGUGAGAGUUUCGCUAAUUAUGGUCAAGUCAUAGAAGCUUCUGGUGAUGGUGAUCAUUUCGGUCCCAACGACGCUCAAUUGGAUCUCUCCAGAGGAACCCCUCGUUUCUAUAUAAUGCGGCUCCAAGAUCGAUCCUUUGGCUUCUCCAAGAUAACUCAUCACGCAAACGUGACACAGUGUCUGGGAUCAAUAGGAGGCCAUGUCUGGUAUCUUGGAGUGGCUAAGCCAUCUCUUAUUGAAGACGAUGGAGGAAGAAGAGGUGAUAAUGUAGAAUCAGGGUCAGGUGGUCACUUGUACGCUCCUCCUGCGGUUGAAGAAGUGCGCGUCUUCAAGGUCUCGGGACCGAAGUUUGUUAAACUGAACCGUGGUACGUGGCAUGCUGGACCGUUGUUCAGAGACAGCUCCAUGGACUUCUACAACUUAGAGCUCAGCAACACAAACGAGGUGGAUCACACGACACAUGAUUUCGUGAAGAGUAAUGGGGUCAUCUUCCAGUUUGAACCCAAAGAGGACAACACAUCGUCCUAGGUCAAAAAUCCUUAUAUCAGUGUGGUUCAGUUUCCAUUGUCUUGUAAGCAAAUAGAAGUUAAAACCUUUUGUUGUAUUCAAGUGCCAAAAAUAGUGUGUAUGUAUAAAUUUGUAUAUUUUAUAUGCAAAAAAAAAAUACUGGCCUUUAAGUUAA